AUGAAUGAGAACAUCCUGUACUCUGCGCACCCGCUGGUGGACCAGCACCCGCUGGGGCCCGCGGUGAGCUGCCAGGCGUGCGGCCGCAGCGUGCACGCCCACUGCUGCACCUCCCGGGCUGGCUUGGUGGCGUGUUCCGGCUGCGCCUCGGAGUUCGACCUCGCGCGUGCUCAGCAGCGCGCCCAGGCGUCAGCCUUCGGCUUCGGGCGGGCGUUGGGCGCUAGCGGGCAGCUCGCUGGGCGCGCGAUCGGCGCCCCCGUGCCCGUGCCCGCUCGGCCCAGGAUCCUCGAGGAGUACGACAUAUCUGACGCGGGCAGCGGCGGAGUCGCCGCCAGCGGCAACAUGGUGGAUAUCAUGAGGGAGCUGCGCUCGAUGCGGUCCGAGAUGGCCGAGCUUCGCGCGGAGAACGCGCGUUUGCGCCUGAGCGGUUCUGCCGCGUCGGGGAGUGCUGCCCCGGGCUACGCGACGCCGAACCCUGAGCGCGUCGACGCUGGUAUCGACGACUCCGCCGGCGUGGAGGGCGACAUCGGGGCCGAGCACGACGAGCUCACGGCCGUGUACGACCAGGACUGGGCAGCCGCGGAGGGCGCGGCUCAGGAUUCCGGACAGGGCGGUUGCGCCCAUCAGGAACGCGAUUUUGAUCCUCCUGGACUUCCUGGCGAGAGGCAGGGCCAGCAGGCGCAGGAGACCCGACCAGUGCUGGCGAAGCAGGCUCAGGAGGGCAUGGGGGCCUCGGUGGAGGCCCACUUCGACCAGCAGGGUACGGUCCAGGAGGAGUUCAUGGAGUUGGAGCCGCUCUGGGAGGAUUCCCGGCAUUCCAGGGCUUCGGAGGUGUUCCCAGGGACCCUGGAGGUGGAGAAUUCGGCGGCGGAGGCAGACCCAGCGGGCCAGGUGGACCUGGCGGCGGCGGAUCUGGACCUCCGCCCGGGCAGCCGGGAGAAGGCUUCGGUGGUGGACCAGGCGGACCUGGCAGAUUCGGGCCUCAGGGCCCUGGAGGUGGCGGCUUCGGACCUGGUGGACCAGGCGGCGGAGGCGAGCGAGUUGCCCUCGCUGUCCUGGCCGAAGGGAGGUUCGGCGGGGCAGAAGGCUGCGGCCUUCGAGGGGUGGCUGCAGAGGAUCGGCCUCGACCUCGGCGGCCUGCACCAUCUCAUCCAGGAGUACUGGCAACGCGUGGUGGCCGUCGUCUCCGAGGCGCAUCGCUCCUACCUCGCGCACGGGCCGCUGGACCGGCCAGGGAUCAGGCCAUCGCAGCCCGAGGAUUGGAUUGCCUCGGAGACCGAUGCGAUCAACUACCGUAGCUGCGAGCUUCGGUUGCGAAGCAUCUUGUUGAACCUGAUGCCCGACGGCGUCAGGUCACAGUGCCUUUCGACGAAGAUGACUUCGACAUGCGACAUCUUGUUUGGAGCCUUCGUCGAGGCGGGCCCGGGCACUGCCGCAGAUAAGGACCAUGUGUUGAGCGCGGUCCAGAAGGGUAAGGCCGUCGACAAGGCGCACGCCUACGAGGAGCUCCAGAGGUGGAAGCUGAACGCGACCCGCCUCGCGACGCUCGGCGUGGCGGCGCCAGACCCGUCGUUGCAGCUGACGGCGCUCAAGACGAUCGUGGGGCGCAUGAUCGAGAGCGACCAGGAAGUCAAGCACCGCUACUACGGGUUCCUCGUGGUGCGGGGCUUGAGCGGCGGCGUCUGCACGCAGGCGCAGGUCGACGAGUUGUGGAGGUACUUGUCGGCAGAGGCCCGAGAGUUCGCGGGCUCCUCCGGCGGCGGCGGCAAGAGCGAGCAGCAGGAGGCAGCGCGCGCGGCUGCUCUGGCCCUCAGGGGCGGUAAGGGCCCGAAGGGGAAGGGCAAGGACAAAGGCAAGGAUAAGGACAAUAAUGGCAACCCGAAAGGCGCCGGCAGGGGCGACACGAAAGGUGGCCAUCCGCCUCUCGGAGGCGGCGCUGGAGCUGGCCCUGGCCGGGGCUCCGGCGGGAAGGGCGAGCUCAAGUUGUGCCCGCACUUCGAGGGCGAACGCGGCUGUCGGCACGGCAGCGGAGGGGCUUGCCGAGAUCGGCACCGCAAGCUCCAGCCGCAGGAGGGCAAGUGCUUCAACUGCGGAUGCACUCAGCACCGCUCGGACGUGUGCGAGCGACCGAGGCCGUCGGCGAAGGCGGCGGCAGCCCCGGAGACCGCGCCCUCGGCGGCCGCGGCAAAACCAGAUGCAGCAUCGAUGGAGCAGGUGGCUGCUCAGGCCGCGCGCGCCGAGGUCAGCGCGCAGCUCCUGUCGCUCAUGGGCAUGGGUGCUGGGGCGCCGCAGGCCCCUUCGGGGCAGACGGCCCAGGUCGACUUCUGGGCCGCCGUCGAGCCGAGCGCGAAGACGAUCCGGGUCUCGGCGAAGACCGUCGGCGCCAGUGGUGAGCGCAUGCUCCUCGCGGACACCGGGGCCACUCAUGAGUUGCGCGGAGUGCGCGACCUGUCGGCAGUCCGCGGCAAGCAUGUGAAGCUGCAGACCGCCGCCGGCGAGGUCGACGCGAAGAUGGUGGCCGACGUGGUGUACGUCGAGGGGGAGUCCUUGCAGGGGCUGUUCCCUCUCGCCACUUACGUGGAGCAGCUCGGCCUCAAGAUGAGCUGGGACGCAGAGCAGUGCGUGGUGAGGCUCGCGGACGGCCGCGAGGUGCACCUCCACCGCGUGAACAACGCGCUGUACAUCUCCGAAGCUGAUGCGGAGGUUCUGCGGCAGGAGCGGCGGCGGCAACUCCGCCAGCGGUUUCGCGCAGCGAUGGGCGUGCUCGCGCGCGCCCUCCGCGGCAUGGCGCAUGCCGCGCCCGCGCGACCCAGUCUGCAGGAGCACGAGGAGGCGGGGCACGUCGUCUUCGACCCCGCCUGCGGCAAGUGCAGGGGCGCCUCGGGGCGCAUGAGACAACAUUUCAGGCGCGACGCCUCGACAAGGCCAGGCGGCCAAUUGUCGGUGGACCUCUCAGGGCCUCAUUUGCCUGGCCGCUGGCCCUCGGGGCGGCCAGAGGAUCAGGGGAAGAAGGCCAUCCACUUCCUCCUCGCCGCUUUCAGCGUCACCACCAACGACGAGCUGGCGCAGAAGAGGAGGCGCGAGGAGGACGCGCGCGCCGGCGCGGAGCGGGCGCCAGGGACGCAGGCUGCAGGCGUUGGCAAGGAUGCCGAGGCAGCUGCUGCCGUAACGCAGGUUCCCCCCCUCCUCGCGGAGAUUGCGCCGACGGCGCAUCCAGUGCUGCAGAGGCUGAUGGAGCGUGCCGCCGAGGCGCACGGCGUCAGCGCGCGGCCGGCGGGUGUAGAGGCGCAGGGAGCGACUGGCGUGGGCCAGCCCGUCGGCCCAGAUGUUCCCAGCGAGGCCUCCGGGGACAUUCCGGCUCCCCCGAUCUUGGUUGAGGGCUCCGGCCAGGAGGCCGAGGAUGAUGAUGGAAGUGCGGCGAGGCCCAAGAGUCGUACGUGGUACUUCGUGGUGCCGCUCCAGAGCCGCAGGCCCGAGGAGUGCAUCGCCGCGCUGAACGCCGUCAUUGCGUCCAUUCGCAAGGAAUUCGAGGGUGCCGACGUGGUCUACAGAAUCCACGGGGACAGGGCGAGCGAGUUGACUGGCGAGAAGGUCAGGCAGCACUUCGCGGAGCGCCACGUCGCUGUGACUUCGACUCCUGGCUAUGAGUCGAAUGCGAACCCUCGGGCUGAGAAGGGCGUGGGUCUCAUAAAGCAGCGUGCUCGCGCGAUGCUCCUCGCCUUCCCCUCCAUGGGCGAUCGGCAGGCGCUGUGGCCGAUGGCAGUCACCCAUGCAGCGUGGUGCAGCCGAAUGGCCGCUGAGGGGCGCAGGACGGGUUGUCCUGCUUUCGGCGCCCGCGUCACGUCCAGGGUAAAGGACGCGCCCCGCAGUAUGCUUCAGGAACGGGCGGUGGAGAGCAUCUUCCUUGGCAUCGACGAGGGCGGGGGCGGUUGGCUCGUGGGGCGGGUGGAUCCCGAGGCCACGAUGCCCGAGCGGAAGUGGAUCAUCGAGGCCUCCAGUCCCAUCGACCUCACACUCGCGAUGCCCACUGUCAUCUUGGACCUCUUCUUCGUGGACCUGCUCGGGGACCUCCUUUUGACGCUGGCGUCGACGCGGGGCCGAAGUGGUCGUGUCCAGCGUGCCGCGGACGGCGCGUUGCUCACACUCGUGAUCACCGAUGCCGACGCGGAAGAGGCGCACGAGGAGGAGGACGACGACGACGAGGAUAACGUGCCGCCCGAGUUUAAGGAGAUCAUCCGCGACUCUGGCACGUCGCUGGUCUCGAUGAGGGUGCUCAACGAGGCUUUCGGCUCGGAGAAGGAGGAGUGGAGGCAGGCCCUCGAGAACGAGCUGAAUUCGAUGACAGAGACCGAGACUUUCGACCGGCUGACGCCGGCGGAGGUUCGACAGGCGAGGCCCAGGGACAUCUUGCCCAUGAAGGUGGUGGCGGGUGUCAAGGCUGCCGAGCCUUCUGAUCCGACGGGUUACCGGAGGAAGAAGUGCCGAGGCGUGGUAUGCGGCAACUUCGAGCAGCCCGGGGAGGGAGAGCAGGUGUACACCUCGAACCUCGAGGUUUGCAGCCUCCGCAGCGCCUUGGCGGUAGCAUCCGCCAGGAGCUGGGACAUCGGCGCGAUGGAUGUUUCGACUGCCUUCCUCAACGCCCGCCUCCCCAUCGAGCACAAGGAGGUGCUGGUGCGCCCUCCCGCCGUGAUGGUGCGGUAUGGCCUCGUCCGUCCCGGGGAGGUCUGGAGGGCGACGAAGGCCAUCUACGGCCUGCGCGUCUCGCCCAGGGCGUGGGCAACGAAGCGAGAUUCGGACAUGAAGGACGUGAUCGUCGAGGACGCGCUGGGCCAUCAGUUCCGGCUCCGGCAGAGCACCGCUGACGGGGCAGUGUGGAGUAUCAUGGACUCCGCGGGCAGCGUCUGCGGGUGCGUUCUCACGUACGUGGACGACUUCCUCAUCUUGGGACCUUCGUCGGUCGUUUCGGCGACGAGGUCGGCUUUGGGAGGGCUCUGGAGGACAUCAUCCCAACCCCAAGUUGGACCUGGGUCGCCCGGGGUUGUGCGCUACCUGUCCAUUGACAUCGAGGUCAGGGUCGACUCCACCAUCACGCUCUCGCAGCAUUCCUACACGGAGGAGCUGCUGGAGAAGUGGGGCAUGGAGAAGGCGAACGGCGCCGGCUCCAUCAAUCUGGAUAAGGAGAGCUUCGAGGACUUCGCUGGAGUGGCGAACGGGGGCGAGGAGGAGCCAGCGCUGAGCGAUGUCAGGCUCGCGCAACGCAUGGCCGGAGGGCUCCUCUGGCUCGCCUCGCGGACGCGCCCGGACAUCGCCUAUGCGGUGUCGCGCGUCGCGGCUCUCGCCGCGAGCCGCCCUGUCCAGAGCUUGCUGUUCGGCAAGAAAGUCUUGCGCUACCUAGCUGGCACGAGGCGCGUGGGCUUGGUGUACCACGUCACGCAGGAGUUCGGCAUGGACGAGGCGCUCCCGCUGGAGACGUACGCCGACGCGAGCUUCGAGGACAUUGGUGCACAGACGGGCGUCUCGGUGCACCUCUUCGGCUGCUUGGUCGACUGGCGCAGCGUGCGCCAGCAGGUCGUCCCGUUCAGCGCGGCGGAGGCGGAGGUGAACGCGCUGGCCGUCGGCGAGAACAUGAGCGCUGCCGCUGCGGCCACGCUCGAGAGCAUGGGGCUCCGGGCGCAGCCGACCCUGCAUUGGGACAAUGCCGCGGCGAACCACGUAGCUGAGGGGCGAGGGUCAUGGCGGACCCGUGCAUUGUCCACGAAGGUCAACGCCAUCCGCUCCAGGAUGGCACGCGGGCUGCUCGAGUUGCAUUUCGUCGGCACUACCGAGCAGCGUGCGGACGGGCUCACGAAGUGCGGCGGGGUGCAGCACGCGGCGAGGAUCCGCCAGCACUUCGGGCUGCGGGCUGUGGCUUAG